GUCGCGAAUAACUAUGCAGAGGCAACUCUCGCGUCGAACGGUCCUCAGAAUCCGGGAGUCGUCCUCCAGUUCAAAAAAUCAGCAAAUAAAUCCAACAUUUCCUGCAAAGUGAAAUGCGAAAAAACGCGUCGCAGAGUAAUCACAUCAAAAAUACAGCGAAGGCAGAUAAAUUCAAAGAAUUGAAGAAUCAAGCAAAACCCAGUGAAGAAUCAAUGGAAGAAUCAGCGGAAUAACACUAAAUAAAUAUAAAUAUCCACCAUUUAAAAGCAAUCAAAAAAGCAACCAAACAAACAACAAAAAAGCAACAAAAGUGCCAUAUGCAACCGAUAAGACUGUGUGAUUGGUCAAGUGGUCAUCAGCAUCGAAGCGAUUCUCUCUCCCCGCAUGUGUGUGAGUGAGUGAGUGAGUGAGUGUGCGUGCGAGUGUGUGUGUGUGUGUGAGAGUGAGGGAGAAAGCGAGCGAGAAAGAGAGAGAGAGAGAGAGUGAGAUAGCAUCAAAAUGACGGACGCUCGGAGCAGCGGAAUCCCCUGCGCUGCGAAAUUCGAAUGAGCCAGAUCCACGACCAUAUAAGAUCGGUUUCUGGAUCGAUCUCGCCCACUGAAUUGUGAAUCCCGUGGAAUCAGGAGUUGGAUAGCAGGCACUAGGAUACUAGGAACCAGGAGCACCUCCGCCGGCCAUCUAUCCAUCAGCUGACAACUGUCAGCCGUCAGAACACCUGUCAGUUGUCACAGCGAACUCAGCGUCGUCCAGGCCAGCUGUCAGUGGAAUAGGAAGCGGCAGCGGAAGCGGAAGUGAAAGUGAAGCCGGGAGUGGAAGGACACCGACACGGGGCCAGCAAAACGGGACAGCAGGAGCACCAGGAGAAGGAGCAGGAGCAGGAGAAGGAGCAGGAGAAGGAGCCGGAGCAGGCGAGGAUUGGGCAGCGCGGCGCGUAGCGUGUAGGCGGCAAAAUGCCUGGCGGACGACGUGGACUGGUUGCGCCGCAGAACACAUUCCUCGAGAACAUCAUCCGGCGCUCCAACUCGCAGCCGGACAGCUCGUUUCUUUUGGCCAACGCACAAAUCGUCGAUUUCCCGAUCGUCUACUGCAAUGAGUCCUUCUGCAAGAUCAGCGGCUACAACCGGGCCGAGGUCAUGCAGAAGUCGUGCAGAUGCGGCUUCAUGUAUGGCGAGCUGACAGACAAGGAGACGGUGGGACGGCUGGAGUACACGCUGGAGAACCAGCAGCAGGAUCAGUUUGAGAUUUUGCUCUACAAAAAGAACAAUUUGCAGUGUGGCUGCGCCCUCUCGCAGUUUGGCAAGGCACAAACCCAAGAAACGCCACUAUGGCUGCUCCUCCAGGUGGCCCCCAUCCGGAACGAACGCGACCUGGUGGUGCUCUUCCUGCUGACCUUCCGGGACAUCACGGCCCUCAAGCAGCCCAUCGACAGCGAGGACACCAAGGGAGCGGUUAAUCUAUUUUUGCCAGUUUUAGGUCUCUCGAAGUUCGCCAAGUUGGCCCGAUCGGUGACGCGAAGUCGCCAGUUCAGCGCCCAUCUGCCCACGCUGAAGGAUCCCACGAAGCAGUCCAACCUGGCGCAUAUGAUGUCCCUGAGCGCGGAUAUCAUGCCACAGUACCGACAGGAAGCCCCCAAAACGCCGCCACACAUACUCCUGCAUUAUUGUGCAUUUAAAGCCAUUUGGGACUGGGUGAUAUUGUGUUUAACAUUUUAUACAGCCAUCAUGGUGCCAUACAAUGUAGCGUUUAAAAAUAAAACCUCAGAGGAUGUUUCCCUGCUCGUGGUCGAUUCCAUAGUCGACGUUAUAUUCUUUAUAGAUAUUGUUUUAAACUUCCAUACAACGUUCGUGGGUCCUGGCGGCGAGGUGGUCAGCGACCCGAAGGUGAUCCGGAUGAACUACCUGAAGUCGUGGUUCAUCAUCGACCUGCUCAGCUGCCUGCCGUACGACGUGUUCAACGCGUUCGAUCGUGACGAGGACGGCAUCGGUUCGCUGUUCAGUGCCCUCAAGGUCGUCCGCCUGCUGCGGUUGGGCAGGGUGGUGCGGAAACUGGACCGCUACCUGGAGUACGGUGCGGCCAUGCUGAUCCUGCUGCUCUGCUUCUACAUGCUGGUGGCCCACUGGCUGGCCUGCAUUUGGUACUCGAUCGGUCGCAGCGAUGCGGACAAUGGGAUCCAGUACAGUUGGCUAUGGAAGCUGGCGAAUGUCACCCAGUCGCCGUACUCGUAUAUAUGGAGUAAUGACACCGGGCCGGAAUUGGUUAAUGGGCCGUCACGGAAGAGCAUGUACGUGACGGCCCUGUACUUCACCAUGACCUGCAUGACCUCGGUGGGCUUUGGCAAUGUCGCCGCGGAGACAGACAACGAGAAGGUGUUCACCAUCUGCAUGAUGAUCAUUGCAGCUCUGCUGUAUGCCACGAUCUUUGGCCACGUGACCACCAUCAUCCAGCAGAUGACCUCGGCCACGGCCAAGUACCACGACAUGCUGAACAAUGUGCGCGAGUUCAUGAAGCUGCACGAGGUGCCGAAGGCUCUCAGCGAGCGAGUGAUGGACUAUGUCGUCUCCACGUGGGCCAUGACCAAAGGUCUGGACACCGAGAAGGUACUAAACUAUUGUCCGAAAGAUAUGAAGGCUGACAUAUGUGUUCAUCUAAAUCGCAAAGUAUUUAACGAGCAUCCGGCAUUUCGUCUGGCCUCGGAUGGUUGUCUCCGGGCACUGGCGAUGCACUUCAUGAUGUCGCACUCGGCGCCGGGGGAUCUGCUCUACCACACCGGCGAGAGCAUCGAUAGCCUCUGUUUCAUUGUCACCGGCAGCCUGGAGGUGAUACAGGACGACGAGGUUGUGGCAAUAUUGGGCAAGGGCGACGUCUUCGGCGAUCAAUUCUGGAAGGACUCGGCCGUUGGACAGAGCGCGGCCAAUGUGCGCGCUCUGACCUAUUGUGAUUUGCAUGCCAUCAAACGUGAUAAAUUGCUCGAAGUCCUCGAUUUCUAUUCGGCAUUUGCGAAUAGCUUUGCACGCAAUCUGGUGCUCACCUACAAUCUCAGACAUCGACUGAUUUUUCGCAAGGUGGCCGAUGUGAAGCGCGAAAAAGAAUUGGCCGAACGGCGUAAGAACGAGCCGCAAUUGCCCCAGAAUCAGGACCAUCUCGUCCGGAAGAUCUUCUCCAAGUUCCGUCGCACUCCGCAGGUUCAGGCGGGCAGUAAGGAGCUCGUCGGCGGAUCCGGCCAAAGUGAUGUCGAGAAGGGCGACGGCGAGGUGGAGCGAACUAAGAAGCUACCAGCCAAACUGACACUGACCGAGGACGCACGCAUCCUCAGCACCGCGGCGGCGCCCUCGCCAUCGCCAUCCCCAUCGCCCUCAUCGGGUCCACCAUCUGCGCGCAGUACACGGGCCAGCAAGUGGGGACGCCUCCUGGGCAGUUCAAGCGUCGAUUCAGCUAGCGACACCAGCGCCAAGGUAGCCGUCUCGAGAAGUUUGAGCGCCCGCGAAAGCCUCCGAGAGAGCACCGCCCAAGCGCGGCAGAGUAGUACUUCGAGUAGCAAUGGUGGACAAGGCAACAAACAUUUACAAUUAAGCAAAGUUUUUCCCAAGGCGCCCAAGCUGCAGGCUAGCCAGGCGACCUUGGCCCGCCAGGACACCAUCGACGAGGGCGGCGAGGUGGACUCCUCGCCUCCCAGCCGCGACAGCCGCGUGGUCAUCGAGGGUGCAGCCGGAGCAGGAGCAGGAUCAGGAGCAGGACCUGGAGUCGGAGCAGGAGGAGCCUCAUCCGCCGGAGCACCACCGGUGGCCACCACUUCCUCGGCAGCUGCGGCGGCGGCAGGAGCAGGAGCACCAGGAGGCGGCACUGUUGUCGCCAUCGUCACCAAGGCGGAUCGCAAUCUGGCCCUGGAGCGCGAACGCCAGAUCGAGAUGGCCAGCUCCAGGGCGACCACGUCGGACACCUACGACACUGGGCUGCGCGAGACGCCGCCCACGCUGGCGCAGCGCGAUCUCAUCGCCACCGUGCUGGACAUGAAGGUGGAUGUGCGGCUGGAGCUGCAGCGGAUGCAGCAGCGCAUUGGCCGCAUUGAGGAUCUGCUGGGUGAGCUGGUCAAGCGACUGGCACCUGUGGCCGCUCCUCCCGAUAACAACAGUGGCCAGACGACGCCCGGCGACGAGAUCUGCGCGGGCUGCGGCGCGGGCGGUGCCGGCACGCCCACAGCAUCGACCGCGGCCCCGCCCCCGCCCCCAUCCGUAUCGGUGGUGACCAGUCCAGUGGACACUGUGAUAACCAUUUCAUCGCCAGGUGGUGGAGGUGGAGGUGGAGGAGGUCCUGGUACUGGCGCUGGUGGCGCUGGUGGUCUGCUAAAUCCGGGCGCCCCAGUUGUGUCGAGCGCGGGAGGCAACGGCCUGGGGCCGCUGAUGCUCAAGAAGCGACGCUCGAAGAGCAGGAAAGCACCGGCGCCUCCUAAGCAGACACUCGCCUCGACGGCCGGCACCGCGACCGCGACCGCAGCUCCCACGGGCGCCUCCGGAUCUGGCACGCCAGCGUCAUCGUCGGCGGAUCAGCAGGCGGACCAGCCAUCGCCGAGCACACCGGGUGCGGAGCUACUGCAUCUGCGUCUGCUCGAGGAGGACUUCACGGCGGCCCAGUUGCCAUCGACAUCGGGAGGAGGUGGAGGAGGUGGAGGUGGUGAAAGAGGAGGAGCUGGAUCCGGGGCAGGUGCCACGCCCACAACACCGCCACCGCCCUCGACGGCGGGCAGCGGCAGUGGCACGCCCACCACCACCACUACCACUACGCCAACGGGAAGUACGCGGGGCAAGCAGGACUUUCUCUAGCCCACGAUACCGGAGCAAAUGGAGGAGGCAUCCGGCCAGGAGCAUUAAUACAAAACAAUUGGGGGAAGGGGAGGGGGGGGAGUAGGGGCCCAGCCACGCCCACUCGCAAGCCUACGCCUACGCUUAGUUAGUCUAUAUAUUUAAGAUACAGCUGUAACCUCAACUCAACUCUAAAGCUAACUCAUGUAUCUCAAACACUUCGGAAUCCACUGCAACGUAUUUAUCCGAAACAUUCAAAAGACUUCAACACAAAUUUUUUUUAUUUUUAAAUAUUAUUAUAUUUUAAAUCAUGGUAUUAUAUUAUAUUUUAAGUCGUAAACUUUUGACUGCAAUUUUGUACUCCAAAAUUGUAUAAAUUGAUUUUAAAAUACUCCUCUUCAAAUCAAAAAAUAUAUUUAUUUUACUGAUACCGAUAUUUAAAUUAAUUACUCACUAUUAGUCGUUAAUUUUGGAAAACUAUUGGUUAUUUAAAAGUGAAUAGUUUUCCUUGAUUUGUUUUCAAUUCUGUACAAAAUAUUUAAAACAAAAGGUUUUAUACAUAAGUUGCAUUCAAAAAUAUUUAAGCAUUGUAAGGAUAAAUAUUUUGUAGUGGAGCUUUGGAUGAAAAACUUUCUUUUUCGCUACACAAAUUUCUACCUAAUGCUAUCCCUCUCUCACACCCACACAAACACACAAAAACACACACACAUACACAAAAACACACACUCUGAAUGGAAGUGCUCGAUACUCGAUAUUCGAUACUCUUUAACCGUUACAUGAUUAUGAUUAUGAUUAUGAUAGCGUUAGCCAUAAGGAUAACGAUUACGAUUAAGGCAAGCAUAUUGCUUACGAAUUUGCUACAUUUACUGCAAUUAUUUACCUUUACAUAUAUAUAUGUAUAUAUAUAUACAAAAAGAAACGUUGUAAAGGACAUACACACACAGAUACACUCACACACACACUCAGAUAUAGCUGUAUGUAUAUAUGGAUAAUUUUGUGAUAACUGCUAAAGGAGGCAAAAAACCAGAUGAAAAAUGCUUACAGACCGAAACAAUGCCCGUGAAUUGUACAUAGCCUAAAACCUAACUUUAGAUAAGGAUCCACAGGGAUCCCCACACAGAUACACACACACACACACAUAGCGAAACUUUUGGGAGAUACAUAUGUAAUGAAACCGAAAAUGUACAUAUAAAGACACAGAGAUAUGUAUAUGAAUGUAUGGAUAUAACCCGUCCUAACUAACUAACUUAACGAAACUCGGCUUGAGCACUCAGGCACUCGCACUCGCUUGGCUCCCUAUUCUAGGCCUAUAGACUCAAAAACUCAACUCAACCAAAUAGUUAACUCAGCAAGAGUAAAGCUUAAGCAAAAAACAGAUAAAAAAAACAAAAUAAAAAAUAUAGACAGCAGAAAUGUGGCCGCUAAACGAAACGACAAUCGACAGACCUAAGAAACUAAAGAAAAAAAAAGAAAAAAAAAAACAAAUAGCAAAUCUCUAGUUAAAUGCAAGGAUCAAAUAUGAUUUCUUUGGGCAUUGUAAAUAGUUGAAUAAAAAUUUAGCAAAAUAUGUUACCACCACCCACACACACACACACACACACACACACACCUACACACAUGUUUUGUGAUAAAAAUUAGCUAAAGAGAAAACCAAUUUGAAAAGUUUAGACAAAAAAUUAACCUAGAUAUUUGUUUAUGCUGACAUUUGAUAGGCUUGCACUUGGCAUACAUAUGUGUAUGCUAUAGACUCCAAAAUUAGGAGGAGCAGAACCGAACCGAAAACUCUUCAGAUCGCGAUAUAUAGUAUGUUCAAGUGGGGGGAGUACGAGGAGUACGAGGAGUACGAGUAUCCUGGACAGUUUAGAGGCAAGGUUUCAUUACGUUUAAGUCGCCAGAGACAUAGCAUCAGUUGGACUCCACUUGAAUCUCGUUCGGUUACCAUCGUUUUGAUUCCCUAGUUGAUAUUUGAUAAUUAAUAUUUGUAAUUUGUAAUUUGUAAUUUGAUAUUUGAUACUUAUGAAUACCUAGCGUAGAAUGGCGGCAGAGCCCGUGCCCCGGUAAUACGACUACGACUACAAAUAUAUACGAACUGUCUUCCCAGUAUAGUUGUGGGAAUUAGGGGGUUCGGGUCUGUUCCCGAAAGUUACUUAGUUCUAGUUGUAGAUUUUUUCGAUUCCCAUUCCCCAAAGGGGCGAUAGUCCCUUCCCAUCGUUAAAACAAAAGCAAUUCAAGUGGUAUUAAAAUUGAGUAACCAACACUCAUUCACUCACUAACUCAGUCAGUCAGUCAGUCAGUCACACUCCUCUAUAUAUACGUAUUUCCAAUACUCAACAAAGAAUCAAAAGUUAAAGCAUAGCGAUGAAUACAUUUGUUGCAUACGUUUAGAUCUUAAGUUAUAGUUGAAAGUUUAACGAAUGUAGCGGGCUCACUGUACAUAGGUUUUUUUUUAUAACUAUAAAUCAAAUAUACCUAAACAUAAAUAUAUAUAACUAAUUCAUAACGAUUAGGCAGCAGCAACCAACUGAAUAAGAAAAGCUAAGACGCACUAGGCCGGAUGGAUGGGAAACGAUAAGACGGAGAUUUACCGAUAGUCCUCAUAUGAAGAUACGAUAGCACUGAUACGAUAGCAGCUUAGUACUCGUAUUGUUUGACCCUCUUCCCCACUCUAUCUCUAUCUCUAUCUGUAUCUCUAACUCAAUCUAUCUCGCUUUCGCCCCCAUCCUUUGUAUUCUUUUCGGGUGUUUUAGACCUAAACUACACAGAGCCUUAUAAAUAUAACCUAAAGUAACUAAACCAACUCAAGCAGCAUUCAGCAAACUAGCAACUCAGACCUAAUACAAAAACCUAGCAUUAGCAUUAAAAACGUGAAACUAAAAAUGGUGCAAUUACAAUUUUUAGAUCAAGCUGAGCGAGCAGUUUAGUCGAAAUUUAUAUUAAACAAUUUAUGGGAUGAAUAGCGAAUCUCAUGUAUAUACACGCAGAUGGAUAAAACAAUGAAAAAACCGUGGAUGAAAACCCCUAUCUCGAAUCCCAGAAUUGAAUUCAACUCACAGUCAUGAUAUUCUGGCAUUCAAUUUCACCUUGAAAUCGCCCGAUUCAGUCUGAUAUUUAUAUAUAUGUAUGUAGAUAGCCAGAUGGUAGGCUGCUGAGGGUCGGUUGGGGUCAGUCUGCUGGGACAUUCGCUGAGAGGCGCCAAAGAAACUGAUUAAGCCAUAUAAUUAUUAUAGAUAUGUACAUGUAUAUAUGUGUACCUCUAGUUACACCUAGAACGAUAAUGAUAACGAGAACAACCUAUCAAAAUUAAGCUUUUAUACGCCAGAAUUUUUUUCUAAACAACUAAAAUGAAGAAAGUAAACUAAAGAAACACUCAAGAAUAUACACAAUUAAUGCAAGGCAGAGAAGAGAGCUAAAUUAACUCACAAACACUCAAUUAACGAAUACCGUUUAAAACGCCCCAAGUGAAAACAAAAUUAAUUUAACUAUACAUUAUACAAUGAUAGAAAAAGCCUUAACCAAGUAAACACGCGCCUCAUUUUCGUUUUUUCCAUUUAUUACGUAAGUCCCACAGCAAUGCUACAAAAAAAAGAAAAAAAAGCAAAAAUACUACGGCUAAACCAAAACAUACUAAAGAUACUGAAAAUACCAAACCAAAAUAUUUAGCAUUAUGCUCUAGACUCUAGACGAAAAAGAACCAAAAUUUUACAACAACAAGAUGAAACAAGAACAAACGCGAUUAAGCAAUGUUAAACAUUUUCCACCAAUUUGAGAAGCAUAGUUGCUUAAAUAACAAACAAGAAAUACCUAAAAAAGAAAAACCAAAAAAAAAACUGAAACUUAUUUCGUACACGCGCCCUUUGUUUUUAAAAAUCGAAAAGCUGCCUAUUUAUAUAUUUACAAACAAACAAAAAGAAACGAAUUGAAAGGAAAGUGAAUUACCAAUUAACUACAAAAUUAACAAGCCACAAAAAUACUACAUAUUGCAAUUGCAACAUUCCAAGUAAAGAAAAUACCAAAAUAAUACGAGCAUGUAUAAAUAGUUUGAAAUCAAUUGAGUUUUGGGCUCCACAACGCCGAAAACUUAGAGACAUCAAGCCACGGCUUUGCUGAGCAGAUUUACAGUUAUAUACAUACACCACAUACAUAUAUAUAUAUACUUAUAUAUAUAUAUAUAUACACAAUACAUAUAUAUACCGAUAUAUGUAUAUAUAGGUAGUUUAUACCAUUUGAAGCUUGCUAGGACUCGUCCUUGGGCCACUGAUUAAAUGCCAGGAGACAAGCCGCGAAAUCGAAAACAGAAAUAGUUGUAACAUUUAUUUGAGAAUCGCUGGAUUAAUGCCUACAGUUAAUGUGUAUAGUUACUUGAAUAUUGCCGCAUUCGACCCACACUUACAUUACACACACGAACACCAGACAGGCUAUACGCCCAUUAGUAUCUCUGGGGUUUGAAAAGCGGAUCGUGCGAAAUAGGGAGUUCCCAAACUAAGAACGCGGCGAGGCAAAGAAAGUACAUUUUCAGAACCGCAAAAAGCGCAGAACAGAAGCUAAGACACAAUAAAUGAAAGAAACAAAGAAAUGAGAAAUACAUACAUAAAUGUUUUUAAAAAAUA